CGGCAUCCUGAUGCGUGAGAGGGCCUGGAAUCUGUGCCGCUGCCCAGCGGAGGCCUGCCGCCUUGGGCUGCGCAGGGCAGGGCUGGACAUGCCGCGGUUCGAUGCCCUCGAGAUCCCAGGAGGUGAGGUCAUUCGGUUGCAGGACUUCUUUUCGGGGGCUGCCAAGGAGAUCGUUCGCCGACACGCGUGCCAGAUGUCCGACGUGGCGGCGCUGGCCAGGCUGAGAGGGGCCGGCACGUGGGCGACCCCGCUCAAUUGGGCGCCAUUGGCCAAGCUCCUCGGGCCGAAGGCGGUGGACAACUCCGAGUGGACGGUCGGCCAUCAGCGGGCUCUUCGGAGCUUACUCGGAGGUUCCCAUUGGCCGCGGGCCCGGCUGUGCGACGAGGGUAAGACGGACAGCGACCGAUGCAUUUUGUGCGGCGCGGAGCGGGGCACGCUCUGGCAUCGCUGUUUCGCUUGCGACGGCCACGCGGUGCGCAGGAGGGACCGCUGCCCGCCGGAGCUGCUGGCCGCCGCGCGCGUGGUGCGCGAAAGCGGAGAGGCGGCGGGUGAGCUGUUCGCCCGAGGGGGGUUCUUCUCGGGUGACGUUUUCGUCGACGGCAGCGCCUUCGACGUGGAGGACGACUCCCUGAGGCGGGCAGGGUGGGCCAUCGUGGCCUUCAACGACGACCGGGAGAUCACGGGCGCGGCCUACGGCGUGGCGCCGCUGGCGCAGGCGCCGCUGCAGGAGGCGCGCGACGGCGAGGGCUACGCGUUCAAGAUGCUGUCGCAGCUCGGGCAGGGCCCUCUCAGGGCCCAUUGCGACUGUAAGGGCGCGGUGAAGUGCGCCCGCGACCGGGCCUUCGCCAUGCGCGAGGCCAACGAGCGGCGGCACCUCUGGUCAGCGUGGUGUGCCGAGAUGGGCGACCAGGAGGUCGAGGUCGUGAAGGUCAAGGCGCACCUCGGGGUGAACGCCGUGACGAGCCACCUGGAGAGCUGGCGGCGCGCUGGGAACGCCGCGGCGGACCGCCUGGCGCGCCGCGGAGCCCGGCUGUGGGGCGCCCCCGAGGAGGCGCGCCUCUUCGCCGCUGCGUGCAGGCGCCGAGCCAGGCAGCUGGCGCGAUGGCUGGGGGACCUCCACGCGCACCUGCAGGGAACGAAAGUCAGAGAUUCCGUGGGCCUGAGUGCCGGCGCAAUGGACGACCAGGAGGAGCACGAUGGUGGCCAGCGCGACGCCGAGGGCGGCCCAGCGACCAGCAGACGGCCCCUACAAUGUCACGGAGUUGGUGCGCCCGAGGCCCUCCAGUUGCCUCCAGGCGCACCGGGCGAGCAAGCCACAGGAGCCGGUGACAACGGCUCGGAGGUGGACCACGCCCCUGCAGGGCCAUGGAAGCUGAGGGGCCACAGCAUUUUGGCCGGGCCUUGCGGCGACGAGGACGCGGUGCUCUUCUGCAUGCAGUGCGGUGCCAACGCGCGGGUGCAGCGGAGAGGACGGGGCAGCCUUCUGGGUCCGCGCCGCGGCCCCGAGGCCGCCGGACUCGCAGAGGCGCGUCGGCGGCUGCGAGCCGGCCUACACCCGCACCCUCGGAGGCAGAGACAGCGGCUCGGGCAGCCGAGGGCUCUCACAGACGCCGAGCGGACGAUCUGGCGACCAGUGCUGGCGCCCGGCGCAGGCGAGGAAGAGGAGCAGGAACCUGCAGUGAGACCCGGCUACCGGCUCAACUGGCGGCGUCUGCACAUCUACGACGUCGCGCGGCUGCACGGCUUCCACAGCCCAGCGGAGGCGGUGGCUUGGGAGCGUUCAGCGGCGCAGUACAGCGACGGCUCCGUGUGCGAGGGCUGA